AUGUCUGGAUUAAGUGACGCCGAACUUUUGCGUAAUGCUAAUGUUCGUCUAUGUCGAUUACGUGUUUGGUCCAAUUUCGAAGGACUUGGUUUUAAUCUUGAAGCAUCUACUCGACCACCACAUGUAAUUCGACUUGUCGAAUCGAAUAGUCCAGCAGCAGCUGGUGGUUUAAAAAUUCUUGAUGUUGUAUUAGCUGUUAAUCAAGAAGAUGUAUCUGAAGCUGAUUAUAAUCGUGUACGAAAUGCUAUUAAAACAGCUCGUGAUAGCAAUGCUCCUAUUGAACUACUUGUUGUUGAACAGCGUUUUUAUCAAGUAUUAAAGAAAAAAAAUAUUCCAAUUAAUCCUCAAACAGCAACUAUUAUAAAUACACCACCAACAAUGCCAAACGAUUAUUUAAAUUUUCCUAAACGUAUACCACGUACAUGUAAUAUACGUUUAAAUAAAGGCGAUACAUCGUUUGGUUUUGAAGUUAUUAAUGGUGAAAAUGAUAUUGGUGCAUAUAUUCAAGAAGUAUUUCCAAAUACUCCAGCUAGUUAUACACCGUUACGUAAAUGUGAUCGUAUCAUUGAAAUCGAUGAUAAAAACGUUGAUAAAGAUGUAAGCAAAUCUAUAUUAGAAAAAUUAGGUAAAGCAAAAACAAAAGGUGCUGUCAAAUUAUAUGUUGUUGAUACAGAAACAUAUAAAUAUGCUCAAAUAAAUAAAAUACUAUUAGGAUCGAAAGGAAAACGCAAAAGCCAAUCAGAAGAUAGAUUGUCAGCUAGUCGAUCUUACGCAAAUGAACGAACAUCUUCGUCUAUCAAUGGUGAUAAUCAACCACCACCAUCGAAUACAUCAACAAUUCGUGAUAUGCCAAAAACUAGAACACCAAGUGUACCUGAUCUUACACAAUCGACAAGAUCACAAAUACCACCAUUAAUUAUUCCUUCAUCAUCAGUACCAUUAAAAAAUGAAGAUAUUCGUUUAUGUAGUAUUUAUCGAGCUGAUGCUAGUGAUACAUUUGGUAUUGAACUUAAUUAUCAUCGUCGAGAACAAUUUCAUUCAUUAAGUAUUGUAUCUGGUCGAAAUAAUGAACCAUCAAAUGCUGAACUUGCUGGUAUAAAAACGGAUGAUCGUUUAAUUGAAAUCAAUGGUCAAAAUAUUCAAAAUCUUAGUCAUGAGCAAAUAACACAACGUAUACGUGCUGUUAAACAUCCUGAUCCAUUAGAAGUUUUAGUAGCUGAUGUUCCAACAUUUGUAUAUUAUAAACAACAACAAAAACUUAUUCAUCGUAAUUUACCAAAUGUUAAAAUUAUGCCAGCUAAUAGACCAAUACGUUCACCAUCACCAACUGCUUCAUCACAUCGAUCAAUUGAUAUGAGACCACCAUCGACUACGUCACGUGAACCACCUAGAAUUCAACCAACACCACCAGUUUUAAAUACUUUUGGUCGGGCACCAACAACAUCUGUUUUAGGAGAAUUAACUAAUAGUACUGUUGUAGCACCUGUACCUUCAUCAUUUUCAACAACAACAUCAUUACAACCACGUCAUAUUCCAAUACGAAAAGAUGCUCAAUUAUCAAAUGGUGUUGGUUUUAAUUUUCGUACAGUAACAAAUGAUGCAUCAUCAAAUACACCAUAUAGUCAUAUGGUUACAUCAGUUGAUAAUACAAAUUCAAUUGGUUCACAAGGUCUUCGUGUAAAUGAUUAUAUAUUAUCAAUAAAUGAUGAAAAUGUUGAAUAUUUAAAUCAUGAACAACUUGAAGAUAAAUUACGUCGAAUAAAUAAUAGUGAAACAGUACGUUUCUUAGUUACAGAUGGAAAUGUUUAUCGUGCAUAUAAGCAAAGUUCACAAAAUUUAAAAACAAACUAUGAUCUUAUUGAAAAACCAAAAAUACAAUCAUCAAAUACAAAUUUACAACAAAUACGAAGACAAUAUCGUCUUCAACGUAAUCCAGAUUUUGAAGGUUAUGGUUUUCGUGUACGUUCAAAUCAUCAAAUAGAUGGUACACCACAUCAAAUUGUUUCUGUUGAACCAUAUUCACCCGCUGAUACACAAGGUCUUCGUGUUGGAGAUUAUAUUUUACGUGUUAAUAAUCAAACAGUUGAACAUAUGAGUCCAUCUGAAUUUACAUCUUUAAUGCAAAAUUUAGUAAGAAAUGAUAAUUUACGUGAUGCAGCUUUAUUAUUAGAAGUUAUGGAUGAAGAUACAUAUCGAUCAAUAAAUAAUUUACCUCCAGUAUCACAACAAUAUCCACCACCACCUAUGGAUACUUUAACAACUGAUCGUCGAACACCAACACGUUCACCUUAUGAUUCAUAUCCACAAUCGACAGCUAUGGAUGAGCCUUAUCCUAAAAUGCGACAAUGUUUUAUUCGACCUUGGCCAAAUUAUCGAGAUCUUGGUUUUACUAUUAUUCAAACACCAAAUGCACCUGAUGGAGGAUAUCAAAUACAACAACUUCGAUUAGAUUCACCAGCUGCACAUACACAUAUUCGUAAUAGUGAUCAUUUAAUUCAAGUAAAUAAUAUUAAUGUUGAAACAACUGAUUUUCCAUAUGUUCAACAACUUAUUCAUGAUUCAUAUCGUCGAGAUGGUGAAGUUAGUUUACUUGUUAUUGAUGAUGUGGGUUAUCAAUGGUAUAAACGUAAUCAUUUUCGUAUUGAUCCAUUAUCUCAAAGAGCUAAUGUCACACGUCACAUUACACCUGAACAUCAAGCUGUAUAUACAUCAACUGAUUCAAGUGUUAUAUCACCACCAAUGCAGUAUACACCUGUUGAGCAAAUGCCUAUUCAAAAAGAAAUUCAAAUUCCACCAACACCAUAUCAACCACCGAUAACAACAACAAGUCGACCACCAUCCGUCGGACCAUCAAGUCGACCAUAUCCAUAUACAAAUGGUUAUGUAUCACCAACACGGGAUUCAUAUUAUCGACCAACAGUAGCACCAAGUUUGUCAUCAUCUUUAAAUCGUCCACGUUUGCCAUUAUCACGUGCUGCUGUUGAUGUUGUUGAUGAAAAAUCAAUGUUACGUUUCUGUCGUUUAAAUACCGAACCCGGUCAAACGUUUGGUUUUGAAUUAGCACAAGAAGAUAAUAAACAUAUUAUUCGUAAUGUUAAACCAGAGUCACCAGCUGCUCGAGCUGGUUUACAUAAUGAAGAUCGUUUAAUUGAAGUAAAUGAUGAAAAUGUUACUCAUAAAUCACAUCGAGAUGUUGUUGCUUUAAUAAAAAAUGCUAGUAAUAAUGGUGUUGCACGUUUACUUAUAUCACCAAGUAACAUCAAACCAUUAAAUAAACCUUCAUCAAAAACAUCAGCUAAAACAAAAUCAUUACCAUCAUUGAAUGAUGAACGUAUGUAUGGUGAUGGUAAAAAUUUUGAUCAAUAUACAACUUGGUCACCAUAUGAUGGUUCAUUUGGUGGUCAACAACAACCACCAACAAUGGUUAAAUAUUUAUCAACAUCACGUCUUGAUCAAUCUGGUUUAUCACCACCACUUCAUUCAGAACGACCAUAUAGUGCUCAUGGUUUUGAUACAUAUCAACGACAACCAUUUCGAACAACACAAUUUACUAGUCAAUCAUAUUUACCUACCGAUCCAUGGCCUCGAAAAUGUAUUCUUAUUCGUGAUCCAGGUUUUCAUGGAUGUGGUUUUCGAAUGAUUGAAAAAGAAAAUUAUGAUACACCAAUGGUUAUUGAAGUACGUUCGAAUAGUCCAGCUAAACGAAGUGGUUUAAUUGAAGGUGAUCAUAUAAUUUAUAUUGAAAAUCGUAAUGUUCAAGCUGUACGAUCAUUUGAUGAAAUGACACUUUUAAUUCAACGAACAUUUGAAGAAACAGGCCAAGUUACACUUGUUACAUUAACAGCUCCAGCUUAUCAAGUAUUAAAACGUAAAGGUGGUUAUUUACAACCAGAUCCAUUUGAUUAUCAAUUACCCUAUGUACGAGAAUUAGCACCACGUUUAUGUCGAAUUGUUUUAUAUAAUCAUGAACAAGAUUUUGGCUUUACAUUACAACGUGGUAAUCCAAUAAAUAUUAAAGAUGUUCAUCCAGGUUCACCAGCAUAUGAAUAUGGUUUACGAGCAAAUGAUAAAAUCAUUGAAUUAAAUGGUCGUGAUACGGCAACAUUAUCAUCAGAACAAAUCAUUGAAAUAAUUGAAACAAGUAAACGACGACGACAAUUAGAUAUAUUAGUUAUUGAUUCAGCUGGUUUCGAAUUUUCAAUAAAACAUGCUAUACCAAUUAAUUCACUUUUACCAUUUGUUCAACCAGGACAAAGACGAGGUAAAGUAUUUAUUUAA